UGGCAGGUGAGACGGGGCUGCAGACCUUGAGAGAGAGGACGGUGGCGGAGUCUCCAGAUGCAGCAUGCGACAUCAUGGAGCGAGAGAGGGCUCAACUUAUGGCAUCCAGCGACCCACGUGCUCAGGCGUUCGCACGGGCCUUGGAGGAGCGCAGGCGUCAAGAGACAGCAGGGUGGGGUGGUGGCGGGGGUGGACGUUAUGGAGGGAGUGGCAGUAGAGGCGGCGGAUGAGGCUGUGGAGGGCGGGCCACAAACGGUGGAUGAGGCUGUGGAGGGUGGACAGGGGCGAGAUGGGGGGGUUGGCGACGCACGACCCGCGAUUCACGAGAUAGUGACUGGUCCAGUUGUCCCGAGGACGGACAUAGAUUUGGAUUCCACCCGUUGUGCCACUGAGCUCACUAUACGCCUUCAGUCAUGCUUGGGAACCCGCGGCAGCGGUGGCACCAGGACGACCGGAGCGAGGGAGGUUGCAACAGCAGGUUGUGGGCCUCAACGAGGUCGCGGCGGGGGAGUGUCCACCUCCUCCUUGGACCACAUUUUGAGAGCAGAGACGCGUGUUGUGCAUGAGCAGACUCCACGCAAGCGUGGAGUGCCUCUUCCACGGCCCGUGCCUGCAGAGGGAGGUGUUGCACUUGGAGAGUCUUCGGGGGCGGAGGGGUUGGGGAUGCCUCGUGGAUCACACCGUCAGGACACAGUCGCACAGGCUAGUACGAGGGUUGUUCCAGUGAGGAAGGGAGGCAGCCCUGUCACCAUCGAGGAGGAUGAUCCUGAGACCACACCAGCAGUUCAGGAGGAGGACAAGGAUUAUGAGGGUGAGGAGGAGAGUGAGAAGGCGGACAACGAGAGCGACCAUAGCGGUGACGACGAGAACGAUGAGCCCCCACCUCCCCCACCGACGCAUGCAUCCAGACGCCCUGCUGCGCAGACGUCUUCAUCCUCACGAGGGAAGAGGAGGCCGACAUCCGACACUCGAGGGGGUACGAGGAGUCGGAGGACGCAGAGCGGGAAGGGGAAGAGGGGUCGGUGGUCGUGAUGCCAGCACGCCACUUUUCCCUACUUGCACGCGACUUCGUCAUAUUCUACUCUGCUGGUUUUUUGUCGUGUUGUCUUAUGUUAGUAUUGUCAGGUAGUCACUGGUAGUCUGGUUACUAGUGUCAACCAAAAAUGUACAUAUGAUUGAUAUCAGAUAAGAUCAGUAACUGUAGUGCGAAAUGAUAAAUC